GGCCGCCAACGGGCCCGGGCGCGCGCGGGUGAGAGGAGAGGAGAGGAGAGGAGGGCCCGCACCCGCGGGGGGAGAGGUCGCCUUGGCCCACGCGAGGAGUUCUUCGGGGAGCCGGCUGUGCGCGAACCGCCGCCGGGCCCCACCCGGGGCUGCUGGGCCCGGUGUGAACGGUGUCCACAAGCCUAAUGAGGUGGCGUGACGUCACGGCAGCGCUGUGAUGUCAAUAAGUCCUGGCUUGGAGGUAGGAGGUGGAUCAGCAAGCAAGUGGUGGUGUGAAGCUCUUCCACCUUCCUCGGAAGCGCCUGUUCCUGCAUCGGGUGGACGUCGCCUCUGAACCAGCUCGUGGAAGGAUUUAUUGAAGACCUGGUGUAAUGGCCAUGCAAAUGCAAUAUGAAGCAAAUGCAGAUACAUCAGCAGAGGAAGAGAGCUUUGGUCCCCAGCUGAUAUCUAGGCUGGAGCAAUGUGGUAUACAUGCAAACGAUGUGAAGAAGUUAGAAGAAGCUGGAUUUCACACAGUUGAGGCUGUUGCUUAUGCACCCAAGAAGGAGCUACUUAAUAUUAAAGGCAUCAGUGAAGCGAAAGCUGACAAAAUCUUGGCAGAAGCAGCUAAACUAGUUCCGAUGGGUUUUACCACAGCAACAGCGUUCCAUCAGCGGAGGUCAGAGAUCAUCCAGAUAACCACUGGGUCCAAAGAGCUCGAUAAACUGCUUCAAGGGGGAAUAGAGACAGGGUCCAUAACGGAGCUGUUUGGGGAAUUCCGCACUGGGAAGACACAGCUGUGUCAUACACUGGCAGUAACCUGUCAACUUCCCAUUGACCGAGGCGGUGGCGAAGGAAAGGCUAUGUACAUUGACACAGAAGGCACGUUCCGUCCUGAACGUCUGCUUGCUGUGGCUGAAAGGUAUGGCUUAUCUGGCAGUGAUGUUCUUGAUAACGUAGCGUAUGCUCGAGGGUUUAACACAGACCAUCAGACCCAGCUCCUGUAUCAGGCAUCUGCUAUGAUGGCAGAAUCAAGGUAUGCAUUGCUGAUAGUGGACAGUGCCACAGCCCUUUACAGAACUGAUUACUCUGGCCGGGGUGAGCUGUCAGCCAGGCAGAUGCACCUGGCUAGAUUUCUGCGGAUGUUGCUUCGACUUGCAGAUGAGUUUGGUGUAGCAGUUGUGAUCACAAACCAGGUGGUAGCACAGGUCGAUGGAGCAGCCAUGUUUGCUGCAGACCCUAAAAAACCUAUUGGAGGGAACAUCAUAGCACAUGCCUCAACCACCAGGCUGUAUCUGAGGAAAGGUCGAGGUGAAACCAGAAUAUGCAAGAUUUAUGACUCUCCUUGCCUUCCUGAGGCUGAAGCCAUGUUUGCUAUUAAUGCUGAUGGUGUUGGAGAUGCUAAAGACUGAGAAACCCAUUCCAUUUCAUUUGUAACUUGAGUCUUCUGGCCACAGGAGGCUGCAUUCCCUUUAUGAUUUCAACUCUUAGUUGCUCCCUUGCAGUCGCCAUGAAAAGGCUGUCUGAGGAAACUGUCACAGCUUAGCAGACACAUCUGAGACGCAUCAGGUGCAGCUAACUGGUUGGUGGAAUAUUUUCUUCUUGGGGCUGCAGUUGCACAACACUCUAACAUGGUUUCUUCAGAAAAUGCAGGGGAUUUGUGGUCUCCAUAGGCAUCAUUCAACAGUAACUGCUACCAAGUUGGAUCCUUAGGUGGCUAUAAUGCAAGUAUUGUGACUGCACUUCGCAACAAUUCACAAUUUUGCAAGGUUCAUGGGUUUGUCAAGUGUGAAGAGUAGUAACUUAAACAUUUUCCCAGUUUAAUGAUUAAUGACAAAAAAGCAAAACAGUGCUGCAGAUUAAAAGUAUAAUAAUGGUGUUUCAGAUUGAUCACAAUCUAUUUCUUCUACUAAUUCAUUUGUUAUGGAUACUGCAAAUAUGCUGGUUUUGUCAGUAGCUAUUUUUUUUCUUUUAUCUCAGAACUGUAUGAGAAUCCUGCUUUUAAUAAAGAGUUGUGAAAAAUACUGAUUAUAUUAGUGGUCUCAGCAAGACAUCAAUUAAGACCAGUGGAGUUUUCAGAAUUGGCGAAACUGCUUUUGACAAUGUAUCUUCCCAUAGUAAUCUCCUAAGAACCAGCUAGUGACUCUGUUCAGCUUCUGAGACUUCAUGAGCUUGCAUUUUGACUUGGUUUGAUGUGAGAGAAUGUACUUCUUCAAGAAAAGGCCACCUUAUGAAGAUGGGUGGUGAUGCUGGCUCUUCAUUUCCCAGUAAAUAACUACUUAGCUUUAUUAUGUAGCUUCAACUGCACCAAAAGGUAAAAUGUCAUCUUCCCCCCCCCCCACACUCUCUUGUUAAGUACUUUAUUCUUUCCUCUUAUGUGUUUUGAAAAUGUUUAUCAUCCUAGAAUGUCAAUUAUUUGUACCGCCUUGUCUGUUUGCGCUCUAUGAUUAAAUUCACCCU